AUGGGGUUUUACUUGCCAACUGAAUGCCUUCAAAAGAUUUUAUCUUAUAUCGAUGAAGAAGACAUUUCGACUCAGUACUCUUGUCUGUUAGUCAACAGGAUAUGGCAUGAUAAUACGCUCCCAAUUCUUUGGAGAAGACCAUUUGCUUAUGUUAAACCAAAAUAUUCCUAUAAAGUCCUACAUGCAUUUCUUUUAUUGCUCCCAAAUGAGGUGAAAAAGAAGCUGGGAUUACUUAUGAUUAACCUUAAACCGAUGAAUAACUACGCACGGUUCAUCCGCGAUAUCGAUUAUUUGCAUUUAGUUGGAGCUGUCGAUACUUGGUUGGCAUCCGAAUUACGAAAUGGGUUUAUGAACAGCUUGCUUCUUCCCAAUGGAUCUAAAGUACGGCCAGAUAGUCCUAUGCCUCCAGUACCAUACUUUUGCGAUGGAGAGACAAUAUCCGGGUUGUAUGAGCGACCAGCAGUGACUCUGGAAAGGGAUCUCAAGGAGCAGAUUAUAGACGAACUUUGUAAAUUAAUUCUUAGUCGGACUAAUCGUAUUGAUCGAUUGGUGCUAGAUUUGGAGAAGUUGGGUGCUGAUUAUGUUAGCAAUGUUGUGGCAAUCCCAAGAAUUCCCGAGGCUCAGAUAUCGCUGGCGAAUAUUCGUGAGUUUGUAUGCAAGGGCCAUUUUCCUAAAGAACAUAUCUUUCGCGAAAUGGCAAAGUACUGUCUGAACAUCGAUAGCCUACAAGUCGGUAAUCGUCUCAGAUGGGAUCGUCUUAGGUGGAAUACUGUCAAUGAGACUUGUAGUGCGUUGGCGCAACUGAUCUCGGUACAACGAAAAUUGAGUAAGUUUGUAUUAAUUGAGUGGAAGAUCAAGGAUCUCGAACUGUUCAACGCACUAAAGACACAGUCGGAAUCGCUAAAGCACUUUGAGAUGUACAAGAGCAGUAUAAGUAAUUGUGGUCCGUUGGUUCCCUUGGCCAAGUGUUGUAACUUGGAGAUAUUUAAGAUGGAUGCAUGCUUUGGGACUACGAGCGCUCAUAUGAAACCGUUGACUUAUCGUGCUUUCCCCAAGCUGAGACAUUUUACGUAUAUUGACACCAUAUAUCCAGACAUUCCUGAAUUUGAUAAUGAAUGGGAUCCACCGGCUGAUGACUUUGCAGCUAUAAUGAGCAAUGCAGGACAAUGCCUGGUUGAAGUGACGCUAGGGAUGGAUAAGAAGAAUUAUCCAGUAAUAUUCAAGACACUGUCUCAAUUCUGUCCAAAUGUCAAGAAAUAUGUAUCCGUAAUAGAGUGGGCAUCUGAUAUAAUGCAUUUAAUGCCCGGUAUUGCUUCUUCAUGCCCUAAUCUUGAGGAAUUAACCAUCGAAGUCCUUAUUAAAACGUUCCAACGCGAAGAACUGAUCAAUUUAGUUGAGACACUACCUUCCUCUUUACAGUACUUCCACAUAAAUGCAAGUGCUGACUUCUUUGACGAGGACUUGACGGCGUUUAUGAACAAGUGUCCCCCUAGGCUCAGGCAGUUUACAUGGCUGACUUCAUGCGAGCGUUAUACUCAAUUUUCACAUGAGAGGUUUAAGGAGUAUAGAGUUUCUCCAGUUUUAGAGGGCGGAUAUAGACAUCAUUUGAUUUUCAAAGUAUAA